UUAAUUUCACAACGUUCAGAAUUUUUGAACUAGUACGCCGCCAACUGCUUAGCACCCGGCAUGAAAUUGCUGAAAGUGCCGAAAAGUUACGUAUUGAGCUCUCAGCGUACUAUGCCUUUGUCUAUGUCUAUGUGAUCCAUACUUGUUUAACAUCCUGAUGCCAAUACAAAGUCCAACUCUCUCAUGGGGAAUCUUGGAUUUGAACCGUAUUGUAAUAGCUUUGCGCCAUUAUGGGAGAGUUCAAGCUCUCAAUCAUGGCAGAACGCUACAAUCUAAUUUGAUCAAACUCGGGGUUUCGAAAAACGUGUUCCUUGCCAACAAUUUGAUUGCCAUGUAUGUGGAAUGUAGUCGCCUGAAAGAUGCACAUAAGAUGUUUGAUGAGAUGCUUGAAAGAAAUGUGGUUUCAUGGACCACCAUGGUCUCUGCAUAUACUAAUAGUGGAAGACCCCAAGAAGCUCUCACAUUAUAUACUCAGUUUUUAGAGUUUGGAUCAGAGGUACCCAAUGGGUUCAUGUACUCUGCGGCUCUUAGAGCAUGUGGUCUUGCGGGUGAUCUUGAAUUGGGCAAAUUAAUUCAUAAAAGAAUUUCUGGGGGUGGGUUUAUGUUUGACAGAGUUUUAAUGAAUACCCUUUUGGACAUGUAUGUCAAAUGUGGAACUUUGAGUGAUGCAAGGAAUGUUUUUGAUGAGAUUUUGUGCAAGAAUGCAACUACAUGGAACACGAUCAUUUCAGGGUACUGCAAAGAAGGUUUAAUGGAAGAGGCAGUGCAUUUGUUUCAUCAAAUGCCAGAACCAAAUGGCAUAUCCUGGAACAGCAUUAUUGCUGGUUUUGCAGAUUGUGGAAGUGUGCGUGCAUUGGAAUUUGUGGAUAUGAUGCACCGAGAAGGCCUUAAGCUUGAUGAAUUCACAUUCCCAUGUGCUCUUAAAUCCUGUGCUUGUCAUGGUUUCUUAGUUAUUGGGAAACAGAUUCACUGUUAUGUUGUUAAGUCUGGUUAUGAGUAUAACUGUUAUACUGUAUCAGCGCUGGUUGAUAUGUACUCAAAUUGCAAUGUAUUAAAUGAAGCAAUAAAGGUAUUUGAUCUAUUCUCUAGCUUUGAUGAGUCUGUUUGUGAUGGUUUGUCACUUUGGAAUUCUAUGCUUUCUGGCUAUGUUGUCAAUGAACACUAUGGACUGGCUCUCAAUCUGGUUGCACAAAUCCAUCGGUCAGGUUUACAUUUUGAUUCCUACACUUUCAGUAGUGCUUUGAAGGCCUGCAUCCACUUACUUAAUUUGAGACUUGGGCAUCAAGUGCAUGGUUUGGUUGUCACCAGUGGGUAUGGGUCAGGCAACGUUGUUGGAAGCAUUCUUAUUGAUUUGUAUGCAAAACAUGGGGAUAUUAAGGAUGUGUUUGGAUUAAUUCAUAGGCUAGAGAAGAAAGAUAUCAUGGCUUGGUCUGGUUUGAUCACAGCGUGUGCUAUAAUGGGGUUAAGCUCAUUGGUCUUUUCCCUGUUUAAAGAUUUUGUUGAUUUGAAUCUUGAAGUAGAUCAGUUUGUUAUUUCAAAUGUUCUGAAGGUUUGUUCAAGUUUAGCAUCUAUUCAAAGUGGUAAGCAGGCUCAUGCUUUCUGUGUUAAAAGAGGAUUUGACACAGAGGAGGUAACAGUUACGGCUCUCAUUGACAUGUAUUCAAAAUGUGGUGAAAUUAAGGAUGGGUUAGCUUUGUUUGAUUGUUUGCCAAAAAAGGAUGCUGUGUGCUGGACUGGGAUCAUUGUGGGGUGUGGGAAUAAUGGAAGAGCAACAGAAGCAAUUAAAUUUUUCAAUGAGAUGGUAGAAUUGGGUUUGAAGCCAAAUGAAAUUACCUUUACAGGUAUUCUUUCUGCCUGUAGACAUGCUGGUUUGGUUGAAGAGGCAAGGAUCAUAUUUAAGUCCAUGAAAACUGAACAUGGAGUGGAACCUCAAUUGGAGCACUAUUGUUGCAUGGUUGAUCUACUUGGCCAAGCUGGAUGCUUCAAAGAGGCUGAACAAUUGAUUGCUGACAUGCCAUUUAAACCCAACAAAACCAUAUGGUGCUCAUUGCUUGGGGCCUGUGGAACUCACAACAACAUGGAACUGGUUAAUAUUAUUGCUGAACGCCUUCUUGCAUCCUCACCAGAAGACCCUUCAGUAUAUGUGACACUUGCAAAUGUUUAUGCCACAUCGGGAAUGUGGGAUAGUUUAAGCAAGUUGAGGGAAGCUGUCAUGGAAAUGGGUAUGAAAGAAGCCGGAAAAAGCUGGAUUGAGACCUCAGGCUAAGAAAUCCUGAUUCACUGCAUGCAUUGCAUGGUGUAACUGGUUUGUCUAACACUUGAACAAAGUGUUUCCACCUUGGGGAUUUGUGUGGAACAGUAUCCAUCUGUGUUCUGAAGUUAAGGCCGCUAUUGUGUGAAACAACUGAAUCACAUUAAUGAAAUACAGAAACAUUACAAUGUAUGUGAUUUUUGGAAGGAUCUUGGAAAGAAGACAACACUCAGCAACAGGAUUCUCAGAGAUUUUGCAUUUCAGUGAAUGGGUGUUUGGUAUGGUUGGCUAUGCUACUUGGUCAUGGUUGCUGUUAAAUUAUGUAGGGAUUUGCGACUGUGAAAAUUGGAAGGCUGUGGGGAAAGAAUAACUAAAGAGAAGAUAAAUUUGAGGGAUUGAUGGCCUAGGAAAAGGAAGUUAGAGGUAGAAUCAGUGGAGAAAAUAUGGUUGAUUCUCCACUGGUGCAUUUACUUGGCUGAUUCCCAUGAUCUGUUCACACAUCCAGCAUAGUUUGAGACUACAUUAUGAAGGUUAGAUUUGAUUCCCAAGCAUUUAUCAUUGUAUUAAUGUUUCUAGACAUUCUGCUUGAUCAUAUUCAUCUGGUAGUCCAGUAUCAGCAAGUUGUCCAUUCCAAUGUUCCUACGAAAAAACUUGUUAAUACUUGCUGACUAUUAUUGAGGGAAAGAAGGAAAAGCAAGCUUCAAUUUGGUGAUGGGAAAAGAACAAGCUGUAAGAUAGAGAAAACUACAAUUCAAUUUUAUGAAAGUUCUCCUAGUAGUCUAGUACAAUGUGGAUCACUGGUAUUGUCUAGUAAAUCUCUAAAGUUUUAUGUAAAUUAGAUA